AUGGCGCCGCCACCAGCUGUGCACCGGCGCUCCUGCUGCGCCACCGUUCAUCCCAGGGCUCAGAAAGGCGCCGCGCACUGGACCGCCGUUAACGUUCUUUUCCUUCUCCUCAUGGCGAGCCCCAAGUUUCCUCUACUUCCCCCUGCAUCUGCCCAAUGCCCAGCCUCCACUCUCCAACAAUGCUCCACCCUGACCAGACACCCAGCAAACCCCAACUUUCCUAGGGAGUGCUGCUACCAAGGCGACUUUGGCUUCAUCUCCGGCUACAGCUGCUGUCCCAUUGGCCGGCCCAAAUGCUGCCCCCCCGCCGGAGACGAGCAAUUCGGGGAGUGCUGCAAAGUUGAGGAAAGCUGCUGUUUUGCCCCCGCGGGGACAUACUUUGGCGUCGCCACGUCUGCGGGAAACACGUGCUGCGACGGGGCGUGCUGCACUGGGGGGGACCAGUGCAUAUUGGGCUGUUGCUCGGCGGCCGCGGGGGGAGUGCUUGUUCCGGGAACAGGAAUAUGCUGCCGGGAGGGGGCUACGGUGUGUAACGGUCAGUGCUGCCCAAAAGGGAGCCAAUGCAGCAACGGGGUUUGUGUCUGCGACACGACCCAAAACACGCUGAUUGACUACGGGCAGAUCUUCCAGUGCUGUCCGGGGCUCAACGCAAAGGCCUGCACGACGACGAAGACCUGCUGCUCGGCCGUGGGGCGCUGCGACGUCUACGGGAAGUGCUGCGAACCGGGCGUCGACACGUUCUUCCCGAAUAUCAACCAGUGCUGUCCGGGCGUGAACUCCGAGUACUGUUUCAAGCGCCACGCGAACGGGGCGGUCUUUCCGGACUGUUGCCGGCACUGUGUGAAAGGGCUCGCGGGGAGCGCAUACCCGGGACCGGACGAGUUCUUCUGCUGUGACGAGACCCAAAACACAUUCCUCGACAAUACCUGCUGCCCAAACGACCGCGUCUGCGGUGCAAAGUGCUGCGGCGCCCCCGGCAUUUGCCAGGCUUACGGCAACAGCAUCGGGCCCGCGUCUUUCGUCUGCUGCGACACGACCAAAAACACGCUCAUUCCCGUGAGCGGUCUGUGCUGUCCGGGUUUGAACACCGUCUCCUGCAACGGCACGUGCUGCGCUCCGGGGGAUGGGUGUAAAUACGUCCCGUUCGCCUUCCAGAGCGGCGUCCCGGAAUACCAGUGCUGCGACACGAGUGUGAAUACGCUCGUGGACCGUGUCGGUUGCUGCCCGGGGCUGGGCGCAAUCGACUGCGGCGGCCGUUGCUGCGCCGGCACGUGCAGUGUGAAUACACUCGCGAACGGGCAGCAGAGUUUUGAGUGCUGCCCGCGCGACAACUCGGAGCUCGUAACGUUCCCCGACAGCCGCUCGGUUUGUUGCCCCGGGGUCGGGGUCGACUCGUGCCUUGGCCAAUGCUGCGCGGCCGGGGAGUCGUGCACUCCCUCCGGUUGCUGCGCGCCAGGCGCCGACCCGUGCGGCGGCAGAUGCUGCGCGGUCGGGGAGACGUGCACCAAUUCGGUGUGCUGCGACUUGUCCGUCAACUCGUACGCCGGUAACGGGGAAGGCGGUCAGUGCUGCCCUGGACUGCAGCAAAGUCUGUGCUCGGUGAACGGCCCGUGUUGUCCAGGGCUCGAGGGGAUCUGCUACGUACCGGCGGACGAAGCGUUGCCCGGCCCCCUGUGCUGCGACCCUGCGAAGGCGACCUUCAGCGGCGACUUCGAUUCCGGCGUUGGGUACUAUGUUGGGAACUGCUCAAGUGGCACGGCAUCGGUGGGAGAGGGUGACCCCCAUUUCGUUCUGAAGGGCGUCACGGGCGCGACAGAAUUCACAUUCGACUUCCAUGGAGCGAGUGGUCAGACCUACUGUAUGGUCACAGACACAAGACUCGCGCUGAACGUCCGAAUGUUCGGGUUGCCGCCAAACGCAACGGUUCUUGCCCGUCCGGAAGAGGAUGACGACUUAUUCAACGACGGCACGUGGAUGGGCGCGAUCGGAAUUUUGUACCUGAGCCCUUUUGGGGAACAACGCAACAUCACGGUCGUGAUGGACUCGGAAGCGGACAGAGCCGGGCGUCAUCCGUUUGUCACGGCGUGGGAAAGGACGACUCUUGACACCGUCUCCCCCUGGAAAAGUGCCGACGGCCUUGCGACGAUCCAGCGCGCGGCCGGCCGCGUGAACGCGCUCUCGAUCUCCGUCGCCGGCCUUCUCGAGAUGGAAGUCAACACCGCGACGGAAGAGUUCAUCAUCGUGGAUCCGCCUGUCCAUUUCUUGAACGUGGACAUCAAGAGGAUUGCUACAAGCGGCCAAGUACAUGGGGUGGGUGUGGAUACGCUCGGUCUGAUCGGCUUCGCGCUGGUGGAAGAAAGCUGA